AUCAAAGUCUUAGUUACCUUUUUGAUUUCUUAUGGCGUCUUCUUCUCGGAGCUGGAGAUACAACGUCUUGCCGAGCUUCCACGGACCAGAUGUUCGUGUAACAUUUAUGAGUCAUUUAAAAAAGCAGUUUCAACACAACGGGAUCAUAGCGUUCAACGAUGAAGGGAUUGAGAGAAGCAAACUGAUCGGUACUGAACUCAUACGGUCGAUAAGAGAGUCAAGAAUCUCAAUCGUGGUGCUCUCGGAGAACUAUGGUUCUUCAAGUUGGUGUUUGAAUGAGCUAUUGGAGAUUUUGAAGUGUCAAGAAUCUGCGGGACAAAUAGUGAUGACGGUUUUCUACAAAGUGGAUCCAUGUGAUGUGAGGAAACAGAUGGGAGAGUUUGGUAAGACUUUCAAGGAAACUUGCGAAGGGAAAACAGAGACCCAGGUGCAUAAAUCGAUUCACGCUUUGACCCAUGUCGCCAAUAUAGCCGGAGAACAUUCUGUGAACUGGAACAAUGAAGCAAAAAUGAUUGAGAAGAUUUCCUUAAAUGUUUCAGACAAUCUAAAUGCUACACCAUCUAGGGAUUUUGAUGGGAUGGUAGGACUUGAAGGUCAUUUGGGGAAGAUUCAAUGUUUGUUAAUUUUAGAAAAUGAUGAACCUAUGACCUUAGGAAUCUCUGGUCCUGCGGGUAUUGGUAAAACUACCAUUGCAAGAGCUUUAUACAACCAACUCUCUCCUGAUUUUCCGCUUAGUUAUUUCAUGGAAAAUGUUGGAGGAAGUUAUAGGAAUAUUGGUUGUGGUGACCAUGGUUCAAAGCUGCGUUUACAAGAACAGCUUCUUUUGCACAUUUUGAACCAAACCAAUAUAAAUGUAUGUCACUUAGAUGUGAUAAGUGAAAGGUUAUGCAACCAAAAGGUUCUUAUCGUUCUUGAUGAUGUAGAUAGUCUUGAUCAGCUAGAUGCUCUGGCUAAAGAUAUAUAUCAUUUUGGUUCCGGAAGUAGGAUUAUUGUGACUACGAAAGAUCAAGAGCUUUUGGAAAGAUAUGGCAUUACCAAUACAUACCAUGUGGGUUUUCCAUCUAAUGGAGAAGCUCUUGAGAUCUUCUGUAGAUAUGCUUUUAGAAGAAACUCUCCAAAAUAUGGUUUUGAAAAGCUGGCAAUAAGAGUAGCGGAGCUUUGCGGUAAUCUUCCGUUAGGUCUACGUGUUGUGGGCUCAUCUUUAGGUGGGAAAAGUGGGGAUGAAUGGGAAGUUAUUAUCCAUAGGCUAGAAACUAGUCUUGAUGAAGAUCUUGAGAGAGUAUUAAGAGUCGGAUAUGAGACUUUACAUGAGAAAGAUCAAGCUCUGUUUCUUCACAUUGCUAUAUUUUUCAACAACAAAGACCAAGAUUACGUAAAAUCCAUGCUCCAUGACUGUAAUUUGAAUGUUGAACAUGGGUUGAGAAACCUAGUCAAUAGAUCUCUCAUAGACAUAUCUACCAAUGGAGAAAUAGUGAUGCACAGCUUACUACAACAAAUGGCUAGACAAGUCAUUCAAAGACAAGAACCUUGGAAACGCCACAUUUUAAUUGAUCCUCAUGAGAUUUGUGAUGUUCUUGAAUAUGAGACAGGGACUAGAACAGUGUGUGGCAUAUAUUUCGAUACAUCAGAAACAGGCGAAGUGUUUGUAAGCAAGGGAGCUUUAAAAAGAAUGCGUAACCUUCAGUUCCUGACUGUCCACAAAAGAAAACACUGUGAAAAAGACAUAGUGUGCAUACCUCAGGACUUGGAGUUUCCACCUCGUCUUAAGUUACUACAUUGGGAGGUGUACCCAAGAAAGAGUCUCCCUAUGAGAUUUCAUCUCGAAAAUCUGGUCGAACUCAAUAUGCGCGAUAGCCAGCUCGAGAAGCUCUGGGAAGGAUCUCAGCCCCUCACAAAUCUCAAGAAGAUGGAUUUGGCAAUGUCCUGUCAUUUAAAAGAACUCCCAGAUCUUUCAAAUGCAACAAAUCUCGAGAGACUAAAUCUGAAUGACUGCGAGAGUCUGGUAGAGAUUCCAUCCUCUUUUUCAAAUCUUCACAAGCUAAAAGCGUUGAGCAUGUUUGCCUGCACAAAGCUAGAAGUCAUUCCAGCUUACAUGAACUUGGCAUCUCUUGAAUCGGUUGAUAUGACUGCAUGCCAAAGAUUGAGAAACUUUCCAGACAUCUCUAGGAACGUCUCAAAGUUCUCUAUCUCAGUCGAGGAACUAGACCAAGUGCCUGAGUCUAUCAGGCUUUGGUCUCGUCUUCGUGUUCUCACCAUAACCAGCAAAGGAAAACUAAAGUCCUUAACACAUCUUCCCCAAAGUGUAAAGCAUCUACACCUAAGCUGCAUUGGUGAGCAGAGGAUUCCAUAUUUCAAGAAAAGUCUCCAGCGGGUAGAACUUUAUCUAAACAGCUGCAGAAGUUCACUACUUAGGGAAGAUUGUGAACCCAAGGAGGGACUUACUUGUCCUUAUGACACUCCAUACACGCAACUCGAUUACACGAACUGCUUCAAACUGGACCGAGAAGCACAGACAGCAAUUAUAACAGAACAUAUUGCUCAAGGCUGGGCUUGUUUACCUGGAGGAGAAGUGCCUGUAGAGUUCGAUCACCGAGCCAAAGGAAAUCGUGUGACCAUACAUCCCAUGAGUAACAUGUCUCUCACCAUUUUCAAGGUUUGUGUGUUGAUUUCUCCUAACCAGCAAACCAGAGAAUCCGAACAACUAGUGUGUAGUCGUAUAAGCAAAGGGAUUGAGGAGAUCAGUGUUUAUGCUAUUCCUAGGAUUCAAAGAAAACAUUUAUUUCUAUUUCCCUCAUACUUAUUGCAAGAAUCUACUAGCAGAGAGGCUGUGUUUACAUUCAGCAGCGAACUCGAGAUUGUUGAAUGCGGUGUCCAAAUCUGGAAGGAUGAAUCAGAAAGAAACCAAAGUGCAUAUAGUAAACCAGGAAAUGGUGAGGAAGAAGAUGUCAGCAAUAACCAGCAGGACACAUAUAACAUCAGCAAAGCUUGGGACGAAGAAGAAGCUGAGGAGAAUGUGAAUUUGAAUCCAGCAAAGCGUACAAAGAGAUGAAUUACGCUUAUUUGCCUUAAGUU